ACCGUUCAAAAGUUUUCGAAGUUUUAAGUUGCGAAAACAAGUUGCGGAUGAAUUAGAACGAAGAAACGAACUUGUGUCUUGUAAUUAGUAAAAAAAAAACAAAAUUGAAAGAUACGAAUGCCAAAAAAAUAUAACUGUUCAUAACUUGAAAUAAACUUAAAGACAGAAAAGGAAAGCGCUGAAGAGGAAAAAACAAAAGAUAUGUAGGUAGGUACCUAUAUAAGACCUAACCAAUACUUUCCGAGAUUGCGAGUAGCCGAAUAUUUCGUAAAAUUAAAAUCAACCAAUUUUGAAUCUCGAAUUAAUUUACCAAAUUCAACUACAUACAUACGUAAAAUGGUACCUAGAUAAGGCGGUGAAAUGUUUUACGUUCUCGAUCAGAGGUUGAAGGCUCAGAAAGUACCUCCCGAUAGAGCACAAAAAGUCUUGAAUGAAAUUGCUGCAAUGAUGUUAAAUCAGCGAUUUUUAGAAGAAAUUUUCAAACCUCAGCCACUCUAUCAUAAGCAAGAAUUAUACUUACUAUUUCGAGAUAUUGCUCAUGCAUCGAUAAUGAAAUUGAACGAGUUGAGUAUGGGAAAAUUGUACGAUUUGAUGGUGAUGGUUUUCAAGUAUCAGUUAUAUUUCAUUUCACAACCAAGGGAUUUAUUGCUCAUAACUCUGAAUCACUUAGAUUCUUUGCGAUCUCUUAUUUCAUCACCAUCUGUUGAUAAACAAUUGGACAGCACCUACUAUUUAUUGAUGAAGGUAUACUAUCCAAUGACCGAAAGUGAACUUCAAAGAAUACGAUACGAUUUGCUCAAUUAUUUUCAAGACAUUCAUAUAAAAGUUUCAAUUUUUUUACGCUUAGGACAACAAAACAAUGAUGGCACUUUUGUAACCCCAAUACGAGAACGAGUCCCAAAUGGUACCGAAAUACCUGGAAUGAUCAAAGCGUUCAAUCGGGAUGGAUCGAUUAAAGACGUUAAAAAUUUUCCUCCUGGAGGAGAAUACAUCGAAGUUACUAAAAAAGGAUGUCUGGAUUUGAAAGGGAAACGAGCGAUAUCAUUAGGAACAUCGAUAUAUCAAGAAAAGUGUACGAUGCAAGAUUUCUCAUGGAAUCAUGAAGAUGAUUUGGAAUCUAAAAUUACAAAAAGUGAACAUUAUCACGGUGUUUACUCGAGUGAAAUACAAACAUUAAUGACUCAAUUGCUUGGAGAAAAAGCUCAAGAAAAAGAGGAAGAACCCAUUUGCAUUGAUUUGUUUCCGAAUUCACCAAACAAAUGUGGUGAAAAUUCGAAAACUGAAUCGCUUGGUCUAGAACCUGUGAUGUUAAAUGAUACAACAGAUCGGCAGAAUACAAUCCUGGAAGCUGCUGCUUCCGAAAUUAACAUUGAUAUACAACGAUCUUGCUCAAACGAUUUAUUAAAUUUACUAGAAAAUAUUGAAUAAGUAUUUUAUCUCUUUUUUUGUUUUUAUAUUUUUCUUUUGCAAAUACAGUGAAACGCACGAUUUA